AUGGCUUCAGCAUCAUAUUCUCGCAAUAAAACCGUCGCCGCCAUAACGGACUUCUACAAAUUCUGCAUCAGGCUGCCAUACUUAGAUCCCAAUGCCCUAGUUCUGGCGCCCGAAGACGGUGGUUGGCCCGACAUCAGUGUGACUGAGCUGAGGAACCGCGGCAGGAGCGAUGAAGUGAUUGAGCUUCUCCGCCACUUACCCUACUUCGAGCACCCCAGCCUUCGCGGCGGCUGGACCAUCGAUUCAGGCAGCAAUUGCACCCAAUAUCACAAAGGUGUUUGCUACAAUGACAGCCCUGAUCUUAUCAAGUCUUUGCCAGGUCAUGUGGUUCCAAUUGCAGAUCCGACUGAUCGCAAUGGAUGUUACUUGUUGCUCGACACACAGACGGGCAAGAUCACUAGCUACAACAUCAUGGCCAACAAUAUCGAGGGCAACUGGGAAGAAUAUGAACGCCUUGCUGAUAAUGACAAAUGGAGGGCUUUCCCCAUAGCACCCGUAAGCCAAUUCUUCGAACGAUGGAAGAAGCUGUAUGAGAAGCUUGUUUGGAUGGUUGCACCGCCUGUCGAUGAUUCUCACGGAGAUGGAGGAAUCUAUUUCACAAGAGCGGACAACACUGUAGAGGAGGAUGAGUUGUUGGAGGCUGACGAUAGCGAUGACAUUGAGAUUGAGGACGAAUUCACAAAGGAGGUGUACACAAUAUACAAGCGCAACAGGUGGCCAUCAAACUCUUUCAACAGAGAGGCUUGUAAGCAGGAACUCGAGGAGUACCUGAAAGAAGCCGACUAUUGA